ACUCGAUUGCAGAAUUGAAGUGUCAUCGCCACAGUCGCAAAAAUCUCUGAGCUAUCAAGGCUGUUUUUUAAUAGAGUGCAAAAAUAUUCUGCUUGUCAUCUUCAUAUUCAUAACGCUUGCAAUUUUGUAUGGUCAUUCUCCAGUGAUUGUUGGUUUGUGUGUGGUGUGAGUGAGCGAAUGGUUGUUUGCCCAGUCAUGGUGUUGAAGUCGUUGGGCCUUUAAAUUCAACCCCUCGGAGUCACUGAAUCUACUCGACUUUGCAGUUUAGUUUAUUACCAGAAGCACUCUGAAAACAGUGGCAAAAAACGUACUGUACUCCUUCCGCUCUUGAUAAGAGAACGAGAAAUAAAAAUCGGCCCAGUUUUCAUCAUCUCCUACUCUGAACUCGGGUUAUUUAGUCAACGUUCCAUCGCGGAGACAUAAUAAGAUCAUCAAAUUCCACGUCUGGUGUUGGGGAUAGCACCGCUACUCCCAAGAUGGCCGAGGAAAUGGACGAUGACCAGAGUUCGGACCUUAAUGAGAAUGAUCCGGAUGAAGCCAUGGACGUGACAGAAGUGGAGAACAAUCGUUUCCAAAAGGAGAACCACCUCCUUAAAAAUCUCCCCUACUACAAAGAACUCCAAGCAGAGACGGAAGAAUAUUUGGACAAAAUCAUUACAAAUUUGGUCAAUACCAUUCUAAGUCAAGAUUUCCAGAUUGGAGUGACGAUUUAUACGAAAUCACUGAAAACAUACAUUGUUAUGUAUGGACGGAAAUUCACAAAAGAGCAACACAUCAAACUAAUAAAUCUAUAUGUCGAGAUCAUCACAUCAAAAGAAUGUCCUCUCAACAUUGUAAAUGAUGUUGCAGAUGUUUUGAAUAUACUCCUCCGAAAACCUGAGCUAUUAACCCGGGACGACAUAACAAUCGCAUGGCGUCCAUUGUAUGACACCGUUGAUAGAUGCAUUUUCCACCGAAAGUACACUCUCUCGUACAAUGCAUCCGCGAAACUGGAAGCCCUCUUGAAAGAAACUGUACGACUCUCUAAUGUUUACUUCGAACCGGGCACAGUUACUCAAGUCCUUGCCGAGUUUUCCCCCAUGCUCUGCCCUACAUCGCCCAAGAUGGUUUUCGGCCUAGAAAUGUUGAAGCACUUUCUCCCAUUUUUGGACGUACAGGCUGAGUCUGAAAUUAACGAGUUUAUGAAACACUUACUUAGCUACUGCGAUGCGUGGAAUAAUGGACCGACGUGGGAAUGGACUGUUCUGUCCCUAUUUUCAACCGCGGCCUGGAAUAUGCCCGGCUCUUUCGACUGGACCCCCUAUUUGCCCACCAUGUACGCCCGAAUUAUGAAAAAUUUAGAGCUUCCAGUUCACUUUAAAGGAGCUCGUAACGCUGCAAGAGAAAAUAGUUUGAAGCAAUUCGACUAUGCCUCUGUAGCCAGAUGGAUGGUUUCCACGUUGGGAAAUCGCCCCCAAGCUAUCCAACAUUUAUGCACAUUUCUCAAAAGUUUGGAAACUUAUUACAAUCCAACGAAUCACGGCAAGUGGACUAUGCCACUGGGUGCACUACUAAAUGAAUUAGUCAGCUCAUUUUCACUUCGAUUGAAAAAGGAACGCUAUAUUGACAACAAGAAACGUUGGUGGUACAGAAUUCAGUCCGAAAGAAAAUUAACGGACGAAGAGAUUGACAAAUUUGUUAAGGCUACGUCCUACAUCGUGCUUGAUUUUUACCUCGACCUCAACAUUUGCGGCUUCGUGCUAAAGAAUUUGGCCUGUAUUCGACCUAACAUUAUAAUUCCGGCCAUCCUAGAAAAGUACGAGGGAAUCGUCGAAACUGUUACGGAACCCCGCAAAUACAUGACCACUCUGCGCUGGGUAACCAUUAUCCUGCUCCCUCUGAUGUCUAGUCGAAAGGAAGUGGAGGGUUACGACGGGCGCAAACUUGUCAUCCCAUUUGCUCUCUCACUCCUCCCUGCUAUAGAUCCAAACGACAUGUACAAGACGUUGAGUGCGUUGGGAUGUUUGCAUGGGUUGUUUAAUCUUCUCCCAUUCGUAGACUGUUCCUCGUUGGCGGAGACUUUAGAGGAUGAGGAUGAAAGAGAACUUUGUUUAGCGUCUGGAUGUCUGGAGGAUUUCCUGGUUCAAUUUCUCGACCGAAUCUUAAACCUGAUUGAUUCCCGACAAGUAGAAAACACUCGGAUGGCGGAUAACAGGACUAUAAAUGAAGGAGCAAAUGUGGAGGACAUUUCGCUCGAGAAAUUUAUCUGGGCAGUUUUUCACCGAAUAGCGACUCAAUCUUCGACCAAGAUUUGCAAGGCUGUGAUUAAAAAAGUUGUCUCAUUUGCUUUUGCAAAUACGUUGGAGACGGCAGUAUCUGGGAAAUUGUAUGCCUCUAUUUUACAAGCGUUCGUUGUGGCUCGACCGGAUAUUGCUCUUCCGAAAAUAUUACCACAGCUCUGUGCCUCAAUUAGGUCGCAUAUAUCGGAUGAGAUUUUAGAUGAGGAGGAUAUCGAUAAGACAUUGUUGUUUCAAUUGCUGCUACUUUCUUAUAUAACAGAAACCGAUGGAGUGGAACUACUCAAGUACCGCUCCGAUAUUGAAUCAACGUUUGACACGGUCUUCAAACUGAAUGGGAAGAAGGGCUACACCUUCGCUUCACACGCCCUGUCCCGUUUCCUGCAAAGUCUCGUGUAUAUUUAUCCUAUUGAGUGUCGUAUCUCUCAAGCGGAUUAUGACGAUCCAAACUAUUUAGCAAUUCGGGACUGGGGCGCUACCGCUGAUCCCCGGUUUGUCAAGAUGAAUUGGCACAUGCCCUCAAAACCUGAGUAUGAUUGGGCAGUGGAGAUAUUUCUCAAGUAUUUCACCACGUACUCUGCCCGACUUGCCAAUGUGGCUAGUUUUACGGAGAGCAACGCUGACUUUAACAAAACCUUACUCAAGAAUUUGCAAGUCUUGUUAAGCGCAUAUAAUGGGAUUAGCACAAUGCUCCGAUUCUGGGAUGACGUCCCAGUCGAGUCGGAGGAUAGUGUGGCCGACUUAUCUCCAGAUAAGUACGAAUUUGGCUUCAAGAAGCCAGACAUUUUCGUCCCCGGAACGGACAUGCUCAUCUCGAAGAAAUGUUAUGAAAUGUACACGUCCGUGUUUGACUACUUGCAAGCCUAUAAAGGAGACGACGUGGAUGCUUACAUCGCACUGAUGAGGGGUUUUGAUUCUCUAAUAUUUCCCCUUGUCGAAUCUGAACGGAGAAUGGUCGCCGUGUCGAAAUCCUCAGUCUCUCUUAGCCUGCAGAAUACUCUUGAUCCUAAAAAGAAAUAUACUCGUGGUGGCCUGAUCACUCGGAGUUAUGACGUUCACAUGAAAAGAAUCCGUGAAUCUCGUAGGUGUGCCGGCUGCACGACCUGGACGAAAAGUCACGUCGCUGUACUCCAUUCCCUUUUUAAACUUUGUAUCAAUCACUACGCAAAAGUUCGGGUUAAUUCACAAAAUAGAUUUUUCCGGGUUAUUGAGUCAUUUGAAGGGUUAAUUUCAAGAAGUGUGACCUCAUUUUUCGAACCGUACCUUAAAGAGGGCACACAUCAUGACGAGUAUAAGGGCACUUUGUACACGAUGCUGGGUCGGAGUGGGUCUCCACUCUUGCACAACAGUUGGGCUGGCUUGAAACAACUAUGGCUCGCUUUGGUGCACAGUCCGUUUUCUGAAAAGAACUCCAUAAUCAAAAUCAUGGAAAGGAUUAAGAACAGCAUAACACAAAAUUUUGUGUAUUAUCCGCUUCAAUUACGACUUUCGGAAAAUGCAAAAAUGUUCGACUUGGCAAAAUCACUUCUCACCAAGGAACAACUUUCCAGAUUGGAUUAUAAGAUUAUAAAAACUCCGGAAAAUCCAAAGAUAUUUUUGCAACUGCUAAACGGACUGACAGAAGCCGGAGUCGACGGAAAUACACAUUGGCGACGUCAAGUUAUGUGCGCCAACAUGUUGAGCGUUUUAAUCGUAGAUGAUCCUGACGUUCCCGUCACGAAAGAAAUGAUUGAAAUAUUUUUCGAUGGACUUAUCUCCCAUUCCAUAGACAUUCGAAGGACCACGACUACAACCUUGUCCUGGUUGCUCGUCUUGUUCAAACGACAAUACCCCUCAGUCACGGUGAUUACAAAAGAUGCCUUGGUACUCAAAGAGGGAGAAUCCGUCCACUCCGUCCUCCAAUAUAAGAUAAACCCAUUAUCUUCAUCAACCACACCUACAACUUCCACAUGGGUCUUACCUCCUACCAACGGACACCCCGCGACCCCAUCUCCAUACCCCAUUCACAUCCACAAAGUUCAUUUUGGAUACUCUGACCUCCCCAGCACCCUCAAGAUAAAACUCCCCACCGAAGACUAUUCCAACUUUACCACCCACCAAUCCUCUGCCCGUUCCAUUUUACUUGAAACGACCCACAGAUACCUCAAUAAUCCAGACUAUUUGGCUAAGCUGUUGGAACUGUGGAGCCUGGAGGACAAGACGAAGACGAAAUCCAACAAGCGAGCAUCCAUUUGCAAAUCUAUUGCUAGAAAUAACGGGCCAGACGGGGUGCGGCUCUUGGUCGGACUAGUCCACGCGUUGGGAACUGAUACGGAUCAGUGGAAGCAGAAAUGUGCAGCGGAUAUUUUAUGCGGGAUCAUGUAUGGGAUGAAGUUGUGGAAUGACGAAGAGACGAAUAAAUUCUGGGAGGAGGCGUUACGUCCCGUUUUUAAUGAUUGCUUGAAUUCCGUGACUCAAGAGACAAUGGACGCGUGGAGUGUGGCUUUGCAGUAUCCGACGAUUCCGUUCUGCCAAAAUUUGCGCUGCUAUCCGGGAAGUAUUGCUGAUCUAUUGCAAGCGUUGAUUGGACAAAUGGCGAUAAGUGACAGCGGAUCGGGCAGAAAGGCGAGAAAUGUGUUAAAUCGGGACCCUAACAAGAUGCGAUUCUUUAUCGAGUUCCUGAGACAAAGAUUCAUCAAAAGUUUGGAGACCGCUCAGACUACGUCGGUUGAUGCGUUCAAAGAGAUGACAUUUUUCGACCAAGUCAUCACAAAUUUGCAAUGGCGUGGAGGUGAUUUGUACGUUCAAACGCUAGAUCUCGUCAAGAAGCACUUUUUCGACUCGCCCAUUCCAUAUAUGAGUGUGAGAACGCAGUUGGGGCGAGUGCUGAGCACAUUUUUCGAAUGGGAUGUUGAAUCUCCAGUUCCAUUUAAUUCAGAGUUGUGCCCAAGGUACGACACCUUCGUGGACUUUAUCUUUGAUCGUUUGAGCUCCUUGGAGGAGGAGGCUGCAAAGUAUCAAGCAAAUGAGAAAGACUCUGAAGAAAAUGCUGAAAUUAGGAAAUUGUUGCUCAAAUUUAAGACCGCAAUGGAAUUCAUCGUGUCUGCCACUUGGGACAACGAAUCUUCUGUGCAUCCUUCCUUCUUCCGAUUUAUUCCGUUAUUUUGUCAAUUUGAGAGCUACGAUCCAGAUCCAGAAGUUAGUACUUUGGCCUGUUCUGCUUUAGCCGGGUUGGCGAGAACGUUAAUCAAUCCGAAGCAUAUGGAUACACUUUUCAUCUACUUGAAUCAGGCCUCUCUGUCCCCCUCGUGGCGAGCACGUCUUUGUGUUCUCGAAUUUCUAAAAGUGUUCGCCUUAAAUAACACGAGCGUGUUCACUACAAGUCUAACGUGGUCUCAUCAAGUCGUCGACUUAGUAUUGAGACUCUUAUCUGAUAGGAAGUUGGAAGUGAGGGAACUCAGCUCGAAAAUCAUUUGUGGAUUUUUGCACUGUCUCCUUGUCCCAGAGCCGAUGGAACUUUUGAAAUCCUUUCAAAAAACGACUCAAACAUUUAAAAGAAAUCGACAAAGGGCAAAAGAUGGGAAACGAGCCGCACUUAUUCCCGAAGAGAUUGAUACGGCCCACUCUGCAAUUUUGGGACUUUGUGCAUUUGUUGAUACCCAUCCUUAUCACGUUCCUGCCUUUUUACCUGAUAUUCUUGUCGUACUGACGACACAUUUACAUGAUCCGCAACCAAUUCCGGCCACCAUCCGCAAAUGCCUUUCCGACUUCCGAAGAACCCACCACGACAAUUGGGCCAUUCACAAGACAAAGUUCACCGAAGAUCAGCUAUGUAUUCUCACCGAUAUAUUCGUGUCUCCAUGUUACUACGCGUAGGUAGGGUUGAGAUGAGAGUUUAAGCUGUUUGUAGAUAACUCAGUACUAGACCAAGUUAUUGACAAUGUCCCUAAUUAUUUUAUUGUAAUAUGUAUGUUAAUUUGACACAUUACAUGAUUGAUUGAUUAAUUAAUUUUAGCAACCCAAGAUUAUCUUUUUAUAUGCAAAAGUACUACGUGAUUAAUAUUAUUUUCGUAAUUUAUCAUCAGGUAGAUCCCUCACUAGAGUAGAUUAUUUAAAUGUUAAUUAAUAAUACAUUAGCCCUCAGUAAAUGUUUUUUGUAUUGUCAAAUGUUGUGCAAUUUUUUGUCAAGGUAAAUAUGUUAAUCCUCACAAGUUAGUAACGUUACAGGAUUAAUUGCUUGUCAUGUCGAACCAAGUGUAACCAUCUUGAGGAUUUAUUAAUACGUAAAAAUCUAAUCUUUGUCAAUCCCAGUUAAUCAGACUUGCUAGUUUCUGGCUCGGCGAACCGGUGCGCUCACUUACUUAACUUAGGUGUGGUGGUUCGGCGCACCAGAAAUUAGCAAGUCUGCAGUUAAUCCCGUCUAAUCAAUUUAUGACUGGUUAUUUUAUUUAUUCGGUUUAAAAGUCAAUCUUAUGAAAUCAUCAAGUAUCAAUUAAUUUAUUAAACAGUUUAAAAACUUGUGUAAGCAUACUGUAA